CUCAAGAAGCCAUCAUCACUCUCUUACUCUCAAGCGGCGAGGCGAGAGAGAGAUUCUCUGCAACUUUCGUCGAUCCCUUCUUCUUCUUCUUCUCUCUUGAUCAAAAACUUUUAUCGAAUUUCGUUUUAAUUGAGCUACGUAAUCUUGAAUUCUGCAGCGUGUUACUUCACGUUGUUUGUUUGUUCCCUUUCUUUUUUUUUUUUGGGCUUUUCAGAGAUAUUUUUCUAUGUUCUUCUUCCCCGACGAUAACAGCAGGAGUUUGAUAUAGAUGAAAAUGGUGAAAAGCUGGGGUGGAGUUAAAUAGAUUAAUGUGUUGAAGAAAAUGGGUACAAGAAGCGAUCUCAGAGGCUUUCUUAAACAGAGCCAAAAGACAUCAGAUGGGAGAUCAUCUUCAUAUCUUCUUCUUAACUCAGGAAGUCGAAAGGAAUGUGAUGAGGUUGUGAAAUACAUGUCAAAGUUGCCGCCCUAUCUCCAAGGAGGAGAAGAAGAAAGCAAUGUUUUGAAUGUUGGAGUCUUGGACUGGUCUCGUCUUGAGAAAUGGAAGCAGAAAUGUGAGAGAAGAGUGUCUUCUACUACUACUACUACUACUUUAGGAACACUUCCCAAUGCCUCCUCUCAUCGCAUUCACAGGUGUAAGAUUGGUGACCACCAAGUGCAUGCUGGUUCCAAUCUCCGUAAAAAGGAACCUUCUGGUGGGACAACAAGGCACUCAAAGACAGCUUCUUCGAGGAUAUUUGAUCAACAAGACAAGAUCAGACAUUCUUCACCAAGCAAGCGGUUUAGUUUCAGCUUCAAAGAGGACACAUCAGCUACUGAUUCUAUGAGAUUUGAUGGUUUAGCUUGUCCAUCUCAUCAGUCAAGCAAUACGGAGGAGAAGCACAACACUCACGGUGGUGAAUCUCGAGUUAGCCCUCUUAGAAGGCUUCUUGACCCUUUACUGAUGAAACCCAAAGACUCAACUUCUUCCAAUCAAGAUGAAAAGAAGAAGCAGUCGAGAACACGAGCUCUUUUACACCUAACGAUCAGAAACGGCAUCCCUCUAUUUCAAUUUGUGGUCGAUGAUGACAACCUCAACAACAAGAGCAGGAGCAUCCUAGGGGCUACAAUGAAAAGCUCUGCUUCAUCGUUCAAAGACGAAGAUUCUGUUAAGUACUGCACAUUCUACUCAGUUAAUGAAGUCAAAAAGAAAAAAAGCGGAAGCUGGUUGAUCCAUGGACACAAAGACAGGUUCGUCUACAAUGUCAUCGGUGAAAUGCGGUUAUGCAACUCAGAUAUAACAGAGCAUAAACCGGAAAACAUCUCUUGUGUGAUGAGAGAAUCAGUGCUCGUUGAUGAAACAGAGGAGCAAGUAAAAGGGAGGAAAGAGGUUGCAGCCGUGGUGAUCAAGAAAGGAGAAACGACAGUGAUAAUUCCAGGUGGCGUUCACAGUAUCCCGGAGAAAGGAGAACCGACGCCGUUGAUUAGAAGGUGGAGAUCGGGAGGGUGUUGCGACUGCGGUGGCUGGGAUGUGGGAUGUAAACUCCAUGUCCUCUCCAACAAUACACUCCUCCAUGAUUUUGACCAAACCUUCACACUUUUCGAUCAGGAAGAAAGUGAUAAAAACACUGGUCCGGUUUUGGGGAUGACAGAGCUCAAGACAGGGAUGCAUAGGGUGGAGUUUGGUUCGUUUCUUUCGCAUCUACAAGCGUUUUUUGUGUGCGUGACGGUUGUAACGUGUGCCUCCGAGGAGGAAACGGUGUCAAAGACUACCGCAAAAGCUUCCUCUCCGUUUGCUCCGCCUCUGUCUCCUGUUGGUAGAGCCUAAAUACCCCCCACAAACUCGGGGACAGAGAGAGUGUAUAAUGGCUCUGGUCUUUCUUUCUUUCUUUCUUUCUUUUGGACAACGAGAGAGAGAGUAUGCCAUAUUGUCAUGGUUUCCGGUCGAUAAUGUGACGAGUUCACAUGCAUUAUUGAUUCAUGCUCUGUCCUUUUCACAAAAAGAAAUGAAAAAUAC